AUGGGGAAUGUUGGAAGUCACCCAGAAGACCCGGCCGCGGUCUUCAUGCGCGACCAGGCCAGAUUGACCGUUACCUCUCUCGUAGUCACAAAUUCAAAGAAGAAGCCCAUCGUCUCCAUCACCCCGAAUGCGUUCCCAAGUACCCGAGCUGUCGCCAAAAAGGAAAUCGGAGACGAUGCUCUGGUUGAAUACGUUCAAGACCCAUAUGUAGCCACUCAAAGCCCCGGAAUUCUCCUCAAACUCACCAAUGAAGAUGAACUCAACUUCGACUUUACCUUCGUCGCCCGACAACGUCGUGACGAGGCCGGUACUGCCACCGAUACAAAUAUUACCGGUUUGACCUUUAUACUCGCUAGUAAUCACCGAGAACUCGAUGACCUCGUCACACGGGAGUUUCACGCCGACCCUAAUCUACACAAACAUGCCAAUGUCGAUUUCUUAGGUGACUACUCCACCGGUGGCAGUCCAUCGGUGUCUUUCACAUGGAGUUGGAAGUGGAGGCCGCCGAAGGGAGUACCCGAGAAGUCAUCCGGUUACCGGAAUACUUGCGCUUUUGUCGAGUACGAUCAGAGAGCUCACAAGCUAUCACGGCUAGCCGAGUUCUCCUUUUGGGUUCACAAUAAACAGCAAUCUACGCCACUCGGCCUCGGCUUACUCGACCCCCGUCUUCUCACCCCCAAACUUCGUGCCACAUCAAAUAUUUCCACCGACUCCAACGCCCUCUCCGCUGCUAGCGAGCCACUUUCCGAACCCCUGACCCCAGGAAUUGAAUCCACUACUUUCGAUAUCGCAUCACCACCACAACCUUCCAAAGAUACCGCCUGCUACAAAGAUGACGACAUUCUUGACGAUGGACCGCUCUUCAGAGCCACCAUGAAGGAAAUGGAAUCCCGUACCACUAUACUCCGUCAGCGAAUGAAGAAAGUCAUACGAAGGGCCGAGGAAGCUAAACGGAUGCAAGCUCAAUGGAACGAUUCCCUGAGCCUAUUCGCCGAAUCCCUCCGUGAAGUCGCCGCCAAUAAUACCUCCGGCACGAAACCGGCGCUAGAAGAAUACUUUGAAAGAUCAGCUAAAGAAAUCUUAAGGUUCGAACGCCACAACGAGGCGCAUCUUCAAAAAUUUAUAAUCGAGCCGAUAACGAAACUCUACACCUAUGAUAUCAAAGCCGCUGAGGCCAAGAAGAAGGAAUUUGACGAAGAAAGUCGAGAGUUUUAUGGAUUUGUCAGUCGCUAUCUGGGCAUGAAGAAUGAUUCUGUGACUCAAAAGAAGAAAACGGAGAGUGAUUCUAAAUAUGUGGUUAAGAAACGAAAUUUCGAGAUCAAACGACACGAUUAUGGAAGCUUUAUGCAGGAUUUGCAUGGCGGAAGGAAGGAGCAGGAGAUGGUGUCGCACCUUACGAAAUAUGCAGAGGCGCAAGCUAAGAGUCUGUUGAGUACGGCGAAGAGAGUGCAGGAAUUGCAGCCACAGCUCGAGGCUAUAAUGGAAGAAAUAAAAAACUCGGAGAAGCAGUUCAAGAUUCAACGGUCCGAGAGGGAAGAAAGGAGACGAGCUAUCGAAAUGGGCGCUACUGUUUCUGAAGACUCUUCCAUGUCGGAUGUUAAUGGGCAGCAGGUUGUUGGCACUAGCGCGAUCCCUCCACCUAGUUUGCCGGUUAUCAUGACCGAUAGUGGAAGUUUGGUGGCGAAUAUGGAAACCCCUCUUCCAACUGGCGGCAACAGUACUACACCUGAUGUUGUAACUAUCAGAGCUGUUUCCAGUCACUCAAGAUCAUCACCGCCUUUGGCGAACGAAUCGACAACGACGAUAGCAGCGUCGACUGUGUCGAGUUCGGCGCCAGUGGGAUUGUUGAGUCCGACUGCAACGGCGGAUUCUGGGAAGUUUAAGGGGUUUCGAGAUUUAGAGGAUAAACCUGUGAACGGUGCGAAUACUGUUACUGGAGUGGAUAGGAGGAAGGAAGGGUUAUUGUGGGCGUUGAGUCGGCCUGGUGGACAUCAUGAUCCUAAGGCUUUGCCGAAAGUUAAUUGGCACAAAUACUGGGUAGUUCUUGCGGCCGGUCAGUUGUGCGAAUACUCGAAUUGGAAGGAAAAGCUGGAUCUGCAUAACGAGCCAAUUAACCUCCGUAUGGCGUCUGUUCGCGAAGCCCGAAAUCAAGAGCGAAGGUUUUGCUUUGAAGUUAUCACCCCGCAGUAUAAACGUGUGUAUCAGGGGACCAGCGAAGAUGAUAUGAACAACUGGAUUACAGCGAUCAACAACGCAGUCAAAGGCAUGCUUGAAGGGUCGAAGUCUAGGACUGCUUUCGACCCUAGCAAGCUAGUGGAUGAUCCGACAAAGAAAGAUAUCUCGCAAGUAUUCGGAAAGGGAUCCUCGUUAUCGCAUCUGAGCAGCGGGCAGAUUGCUGUUAGGGAUCCGAGUCAUCAUCAUCACCAUGGAUCUAGCGGGGGUGGGAAUUCACUAGCAGCGAAUAAUUUGCAGCGAAGGAUCACGGUUGGAUCGAGACCGACUUAUCCGCGGAGGAGUAGUACGUUCAACGACGAUCCUGAUAAGCUGUUACAAAUGAUUAGGGAUGCGGAUGUUGAGAAUGGAAGGUGUGCGGAUUGUGGGAGCACGGUUAAGACGGAGUGGGUUUCAAUUAACUUUGGGAUUGUGCUUUGUAUUGAAUGUUCGGGGAUUCACAGGUCACUCGGAACACAUAUUUCGAAAGUACGGAGUUUGACGUUGGAUGUUAACUCGUUCACGCCAGACCUUACGGAGUUACUAGUUCGGAUUGGUAACAAGACUUCGAAUUCGAUAUACGAAGCACGACUUGAUCCGAAAGAAAAGCUAGGAUCCAAUCAACAAGUUACGAGGGAGAUGAGAUUGAAAUUUAUCAAAGCGAAAUACGAAGACCGAGCUUUUGUUAGACCCCUCGCUGAAGGAUCGGGAAAAAUGGCAGAUGAGGUCUUAGUUGAAGCUGCUAAAAGGGGGGAUUUGGUGGGUGCGGUUUAUGGAGUUGCUAUUCGUGGGAAUGUGAACUUUGUGGAUGAGAGAGGGGUACAUGUUGUCUACUGGGCACUGAACUCUGGGGAUCCGGUGAAGGAAGGGGCAGAACCUACGAAUAAUACUACGGAACCGUUGUCGCCGGGGCACAAAGGGAAGGAAGUCAAAGAACCUACUUUCCCGCUUGCGGAGUUGUUAUUACAGAAUGGAGGGGCGAUUGGGGAGGUUAUGGCGGGGAAGAAAUUGGUGGUUUCGAGUGCAGCUAAGGGAUAUUUGGCUUUGAAGAGUGCAAAGGCUGGAGGGUUUGAUGGGGUUAAAUCCGGCGGAGUUGGAGGGGGGGUUAGUGGGAAGUCAGGAUCGGGACGGGAGAAGGCGCCAGGAAGUAGUGGUGGUGAAGGGGGCAGUUCUUUGGCGGCGGUGGAUGGCAGUGGUAGCAGUAGAGGAGGGAUAAGGAGUUCACAAAGUUUGAAGGGGGGGUCGCAAAGUGGUGAUGAGAGGGGGAAGAAAGAUAAGGAGGAGAAGUUGAGGAAGAGAGUUAGUACUAGUGGACGGAUUGUGGGCUCGAGGGUUUUGGAUAGUAUGCGAUGA